CCCCGCACCGGAACCGGAAAUGUUGCGCGCAGAAGACGUGAAGGAGGAGUUCCUCGUCUGCAGCAUCUGCACACGCGAGUAUGACGAAGAGGAGCACGUGCCGCGAGUCCUGCCCUGCCUCCACACCUUCUGUCAACAGUGCCUGAAAAAACUUGUCAAAGGUCACCUGUUGGACUGUCCUCUGUGCAAGCAGAGUCAUGAGCUUCCCAAGGGUCGCAUAUCCUCCCUGGCCAAGGACACCACCCGCCGUAACCUCAUUGACUUCAUCAAGGUCCGAAAGAGAUCGUCGGAAAUUCUCUGCAAAGACUGCCCUGAGGACCAGACCGCGAGCGACUUCUGUAAGGACUGUUACAUUUUUAUGUGUGCUGAGUGCACACGAGCGCACAAGCGUAGCCUUGCCUCGAGAAAACACAGCGUGCUAACGAUUAAAGAGCUGCAGAACUCGGGACUCGACGUCUUUAGGAGGAAAAUCGUGUGCACUAAAGCCGGGCACGAAGGUCAGCAGCUGGCGUUCUACUGCACGAAACCCGGAUGUGAGACUUCAAUCUGUACCGCGUGCACCGUCUGCGACCAUGAGAGGUCCAAGGGUCAUCAGAUCAUCAACGUUCAGGACCUCUAUCUGCUGAAAAAAACCGAGCUGGAACAGUUUUUUAAAACAUGGGAUACAGACAUGUCUUCAGUCAAGUUUGUACUCCAGCAAACAGAACAGGAAUUGUUAAAUAUUGAUAUUAAAGAACUUGAAGUUGAAAAAGAUAUCGACGAUGCGUUUGAAAGAUGUCAAAAGAUAUUAGCUCAGCGGCAGCGGCAGUUGAAGGACCAGCUGGCGACUUUGUGCGAGCAGAAGAAAGGCCGGAUCCAGGCGUACGUCGAGACUCUCGAAGGGUACCUGGACAGCGCCGCCAGCGCCCGGGACUUCUCUAACCAUGUGAUCAACCACACCGACCCCACGGAGUUCGUACCGCUGCACUCUACUCUCAUGCAGCGCCUCAAGAAAAUGUCCGCUUUGAAGGUUGACCGACAAACAAUGCAUAUCGAGAGUCCAGUGUUCGACAACACACGACUGGAGGCCGAGUUUCAGGUGUUCUGUCGCUCCAUGGGGGACAUCUCUACGGUGAUGCAGAAGAAGCGGUUGUCCAUUUCACGAGGCCACACCCACAUUGGCCUCUCCUCCGCCUCAACCAACCGUCACCAUGACGAUGACAGGCGAUACGGGGAGAUCUUCUGCCCAUAUUUUACGUUCGACAAGGACACGGUUCACCAGUACCGCGAGAUCAGCGAGAACGAUCAGGUACUCCGCAACUACUCCACGAUACAGAAGCAGGGCGUGGUGCCGGGGGAGCGCCGCCUCAAGAAGUACCGCGGCGUCAUCGGAAACAGAGCGUUCCAUGCGCCGGGAAAGUUUUACUUUGAAGUUCAGAUGAAGUACAAUAUUGUUCGACCUCUAGACAAUAUAAACUUUGUGUUCGAGGUUGCUGUAAGUCGUCGCGGCGACAUUGACCAUAAUUAUUACGUGUACGAUCAGCCGAACGCCUGGUCAUUUUGCGGCCAGCACUGUGACGACCACAAACAGGUCUGUGUGUGGUGUCGUCAAAACGGAUACAAUCUUGCGCACUUGCCACUGUCAUUGAACACUUCAGGGACUGUACUAAAUCGGACUUUCGGAUUUCUGCUCGACACGGACCGACAUGCCUUCAGCGUGUUUGACGUCACACGAAACCGCGCACUGCACACUUUUACCGAAGUGGACUACAGUGCGGGUCUGUGGCCGGUGUUCGGGUGUCACUGGCCGAGCAAGGUGAAACUGGAAAUGGCGCUGCUCACCGGAAAGGACAUCAGCCAGCUGGGAGAGGUGGUCCAGCAGAACGGUGCGUGACCAGAGUGGUCCAGCAAAACACAACGUAACCAGAGUGGUCCAGCAAAACACAACGUUACCAGAGUGGUCCAGCAAAACACAACGUUACCAGAGUGGUCCAGCAAAACACAACGUUACCAGAGUGGUCCAGCAAAAUACAACGUUACCAGAGUGGUCCAGCAAAACACAACGUUACCAGAGUGGUCCAGCAAAAUACAACGUUACCAGAGUGGUCAAGCAAAAUACAACGUAACCAGAGUGGUCCAGCAAAAUACAACGUAACCAGAGUGGUCCAGCAAAAUACAACGUAACCAGAGUGGUCCAGCAAAAUACAACGUAACCAGAGUGGUCCAGCAAAAUACAACGUAACCAGAGUGGUCCAGCAAAAUACAACGUAACCAGAGUGGUCCAGCAAAAUACAACGUAACCAGAGUGGUCCAGCAAAAUACAACGUUACCAGAGUGGUCCAGCAAAACACAACGUUACCAGAGUGGUCCAGCAAAACACAACGUAACCAGAGUGGUCCAGCAAAAUACAACGUUACCAGAGCAGUCAAGCAAAUCACGUUACACCAUCGGUACAGCUAAAAGUAAAGUGACCAGAUAGUAGUAAUUUAUUACAUCUCGAUUUUGAUUUACAAAAAUAAUAUCAACAAAGAAUGUGCGUAAACAAAACAAAACAACAAAAAAGUAUGUGAAUAAGGUUAAAGCUUUUUAAAUCGCAACUUUGAAAUGAACACAACCCAUUCAAAUUUAUAAAGAAUGUGUCUUAACGAACAUGUCGAAAUGUGUGUACACUGUUUAUCAUCCUAUUUAUGUUAUAGAGAUAACUUGGACAAAACAACAAAAACAUGUCACGUUUUGACGUUCUGAAAGCAUAGAAAAUACAGGGAAAAUGGUAUUAUGAGAACUAGUUAAUAUAAAAUACAAGUGCAAUCACCGUCAUAUUAAAUGAAUAUGGUUAGAAUAUCAAAUACCUGUCACACUAACAAUAUAAUUUCAUGAUGGAAAUUCCAUGUACACAACUUUUGUUUUUUGACACCAUAUACAAAUUCAAAAUAUACAAUAAUAUAAUUUAUGAAAAUACAUAAUAAACA